UAGAUUGAUGGAUUGAUUGAUUGAUGAAUUGAUUGAUUGAUUUAGUCUCCUCCCCCGUCAGCUGCUGUCUAUAGAUGUAUUGAUGAAUUGACUGAGCUCUUUGUUUGCAGGUAUUGAUUGUCUGGAUGAAUGCGGGUAUUGAUUGGCUGUGUUUGUCCCUCCCCUCUUCUCUUCUGUUCUCGUCUCUGUUCUGGUCUGAUGUUAGUUUGCUGAGGCUCAGCGUCAGGAGCAUCUCUGCAUGGAAAUACAUGAAGAUCAAGAGCAGCUUCCACAAACACAUGGAUCUGUGUGUGUUUACUGCAGCGUCACCACCCUCUGCUGAUUUGGAGACGAUGGUCACGAUGAGAGAUCGAGACAUUCAGCGUCUGGAACAGGAAGUCCGGCGACUUCAGCGUCUGCUGCAGGAAGUCCAGGAGCGAUCGGCCAAUCACGUCGCUCUGCUGCAGCAGCAACUGGCCAAUAAAUCACAGCACAUAGAGAGACUUCAGGCCAAGUUACAAUCCCAGCAGGACUAUGAGAAGAUCAAAACUGAGCUCAGGAGCCUUCGAACGCUGAUGCAAACUACAGAUGAUGUGUCGGUGUUUUCUCCUCCAUCAGAUGUCAGGAUUGUCUCUGUUGAUAAUGAUCGUGUGAUCCAGACGGAGGUAAAAACUCCAGAGUUUCAUCCCUCCGUCGGGAAGGAGGAAGUGCUGAAUGAAUCGUCAUCAUCAUCUUCAUCAUCUCUGAGCCUCCAGAGCUUCAUCAAAGAGGAGUGCGACUCCGGUGGCGACGAUGACGGGUGUGAGUUUGACACGACUCGAUUAGCUCAGCAGGUCAAAGAGGCUCUUCAGCGCCUCAACAUCGGCCAGCGGGUGUUCGGUCACUACGUGCUCGGUCUCUCUCAGGGAACCGUCAGCGACAUACUGGCCCGACCCAAACCCUGGAGCAAACUCACCAGCAGAGGAAAAGAGCCCUUCCUGAGGAUGAAGCACUUCCUGUCCGAUGAGCACAGCAUCCGAACGCUCAGCGUCAUCCAGGAGAGACUGAGAGGCAUCUUGGUCCCGUGUGUUCGUCCUCCAGACGUGAACUCAGACGACGUGAUCAGGAAGAUUCUGGAUCAGAGUCGUCUGCAGAUGCUGGAUGGUGAUGAUGACGAUGAUGGAGGCAGUGAUGGAGACGCGUCAGACAACGUCAUCAGGAACAUCCUGCAGCAGGCCAAACAUGAGAUGCAGACGCCUGCGACGAACGACACGUGUGAUGCACCGGUCCGGCAGGAAGAGGAGGAUUAUGGGACGCUGGAGCCCAGCGUUCAGUCCCCGGUUGAUUUUGUCCAAAGCAUCAUCCAGAAGGUCAAAUGUGAACUGGAUGAAGAUUCUGAGCCCUCAGUUUCUCCGUGUUCUAUCAGCCGCUCAUUCCAGACGCUUCCAGCAGAUCCGGAUCAGAGAGCGCAGGUGUUUAGCAGGUCUGAGGAGAACACAGAGACGCGUGAGAGACCUCGUUCAUGUCCGACCGCCGUCAGCAGCAGCUUUGAGCUUCAGUCUCUGGAUCUGGACACGUUCAGCAUCACACAGAGAGUCAAAGAAACUCUCAUGAUCAACAACAUAGGUCAGCGUGUGUUUGGCGAAGAGGUUUUGGGUUUAACACAAAGCUCGGUGUCUGAACUGCUGUCGCACCCCAAACCCUGGACGAAACUCAGUCUGAAAGGAAAGGAAAACUUCGUUCGGAUGCAUCUGUGGCUCCAAGACCCUCAAAAGGUCCAGAAGCUCAACGCUAUAAAGAAAAUGGACCAGAGAGCUCGUCUCAAACGCUCUCUGAUUGGAUCAGACUGUGAUUCACACAGGACGUUGGACGCAAGAGGACACAGGUUUUGUGAUGGUUGGGGACGGUGUGAUGUGAUAAAGAAGCCGCGUGUCAUCCUCAGUCCUCAGGAGAGAGAGACGCUGAUGGCGGCGUAUCAGACGGAGCCGUAUCCGUCUCCAUACACUGUGGAGAGACUCGCGGCACAGCUAGGCCUUCAGACUAGUACUGUUAGUAACUGGUUCUACAACCACAGGUCUAGAAUUAGACGAGAUGGUUUUUCAGAACCACUACAAACCAGAACAUUUCAGAAUCCAGCGGCUUCAAGGCCGGUUUCAGACAGUUUAGUCCGAAUCAAACAGGAACCCAGCGAUGGAGACACGGAAGAGGAUGCAGAUCUACAGAGAGAACAACACAGUCACGUCUCUGUCGGCGUACAGUCUGUCAUGAGUGUAAAGAGAGAGAAAACUGAAGAUCUUUCAGAUCUGUGAGAUGAACAAGGACUUUACCUGUCCAACAAUAAAGAACAAUCUCAGGAACAUCACAAGAUCUUCAUGAACUCACACGAUCCUCUCACUGCUUGAUCUCUAAGUGUGACCACAACUUAAUGUCAAUUUCAGUGUUUUUUUAAAAUUCAUAUUUUUCAUUUAUUUUUAUUGUUCAGUUUAAUGAAAAAUAAACCCUGAAUGGCCAAAUUGGUCUAUAUUUUUUAGUAUGACUAAAGAAUAAUUGCUGGUUGUGUAUUUGUUUGAUAACUACUUGCGUAAGUUCAUUUAUGUUCAGUU